CUAGGGUUUAUUUUAAAGGUAGGUCUUAUUUUCGGGGAAACACCGUAACUAAACACAUAAUUAGAAUAAACUCAAGGAGUCUCCACGAAACAAGGAGCAACGAACUAGCCGAGGUGUUUCCUUCCUAGAGAUUCGGCCAAGCCACUAUCAGAGUCCGGUGCUGGCGAGAACGUUUCCCUGGUACAGUGGAGUGAGUCUGCGGGACAGCCACGGGCUGGCGACCAGCACAAGGCCUCCGCCGGCGCCCCCGCAAGCCCGCAGCCAAGCCGCUACCAACCCACUGCUCAGCCCGCCACGCUUAGGCCAGACACUCCAACGCCGCUUGGACCGGAACCUUUUCGUGGAGUCCAGGGCGGGCGCUUUUGGGUGAAGCACGCAGAAACCGGAAGUUAAUGGAGGAGGAUGGGCCGUGGGAGCCUACAGGUUUAACUUGGAAGAUGAGCGUCCCUGGUCUCAUGGCGGGAGGGAGAUGGAGAUGCUUUCCAGUUCCUUUGGGGUCAUUCCUGUUCCAGGCUCUACGUAGUUCCUGCUGUCGGAAAAAAUCCACUGCACCUAAGAACAUUAUUCCCAGUGUUGCUUUUUGUGAUGAAAAUGCAAAGGAGUCUCAAAAUGCACUUGACAAGCUCUUUUCUUCAGAACAGCAGGCUUCCAUCUUACACGUGUUGAAUACAGCAUCUAAUAAAGAACUUGAAGCUUUCAAAUUGCUUCGUGGAAGAAGGUCUACCAAUAUUGUAGAGCACAGAGAAAAGUUUGGGCCAUUUCAGAAUUUGGAGAGUUUAAUGAAUGUGCCCCUGUUCCAGUAUAAAACUACAGUUCAAGUUUGUAACUCCAUACUUUGUCCAGAGACUAGAGGGAAAAAAAAGUUACAGGAAAACCGGUUCCUGGGAAAGUUCAUCAAACCAGACAUACGAAGAGAAAGACUUAAGGCAGUUAAUAGUAUCGUGUCUAUUGUUAUUGGUACUCGAAGAAUUGCCUGGGCUCACCUUGAUCGUAAAUUGGCAGUGUUGGACUGGCAGCAAAGUAACCGUUGGAGAUUAAUGGACAGAACAUACUUAUCAUCUGUCUAUUUAGAAGAGAUUUCAUCCAUCAUUUCAAAGAUGCCUAAAGCAGAUUUCUAUGUUCUGGAAAAAACAGGACUUCCCAUUCAGAACUCCUCUCUGUUUCCUAUAUUGUUACAUUUUCAUAUCAUGGAAGCCAUGCUGUAUGCCUUAUUAAAUAAAACUUUUGCUCAGGAUGGGCAGCAUCGGGUGCUGAGCAUGAAUCGAAAUGCAGUGGGGAAGCACUUUGAACUGAUGAUUGGUGACUCCCGGACUAGUGGAAAAGAACUAGUGAAGCAGUUCCUCUCUGAGUCUGUACUGAAGGCAGAUCCUCGGGUGGUCUUCCCAGCAGAUAAAGUAGUCCACUACAGACAGAUGUUUUCAUCUACUGAACCACAAAGAAUAGAAGAGUUAUAUGAUUCAUUAUUACAAGCUAUUGCCUUCUAUGAAUUAGCAGUUUUUGAACCUAAGCCUUAGAAUUCUGAGGUUAAUGUACAGUAAAACCAAUAUUUUGAACAUCCACAUUAAUGGAGAAGAAAACAUAUUGAGUGUAUUUUUAAUAUACUCAAAAGUUGUUUAAAAGUAUGUCUUUCAGCUGUUGAAUGGUUUACACAAUAAGGACCCAAUUCUAAAAACAAAUACCAUCUAUACUAAGGAUUUGCAUUAUUAUCAUGUUAAAAUAAGGAAUGAUUUUUCUGUAUGGUACUGAUGAGAAUAAAACUAAAGACAAGUGAUAACACAA